AAGGUGAGUCGGUCAGCCCAACAUGGCGGCACCGAGAAGCAGUCGGGAGCGGUCGGUGGAGGAGAGUGGCUCGGAGUCGGCGGAUGAGGAGUGUGUGGGGCCGCUGCCCUCGCUGGCUGUACCUGCUAAGAGGAGGAAAGUUCUUGACUUUGAACAUGUGUAUCUGGACAACCUACCCAGUGCUUCAAUGUAUGAGCGUAGCUACAUGCACAGAGACAUAAUAACACACAUAAUCUGCACCCGGACAGAUUUCGUCAUAACUGCCAGUCAGGAUGGACAUGUCAAGUUCUGGAAGAAGAAGUGCGAUGAAGGAAUAGAGUUUGUUAAGCAUUUUCGCAGUCACUUAGGAGUUAUUGAAUCAGUUGGUGUUAGUGCGGAAGGAGCUCUAUUCUGUUCUGUUGGUGAUGACCAAGCGAUGAAGAUUUUUGAUGUUGUGAACUUUGAUAUGAUUAACAUGCUUAAAUUAGGGUACCAUCCCGGUAAAUGUGGGUGGAUUUACUCACCUGGAGAUGCUGUAUCUGCUGUGGCAUGUUCUGAAAAAAUUACUGGAAAAAUCUUUGUAUAUGAUGCCAGAGGAAGUAACCAGCCGCUACAUGUAUUUGAAAAGCUACAUAGCUGUUCUCUCACUGAGAUUAACUUAAAUUCUGUCUACAAGGUUGUAGUAUCGACUGACAAAUCAGGAAUGUUGGAAUACUGGACUGGGCCACCCACUGAGUACAGGUUCCCCAAAAAUGUGGAGUGGGAAUACAAAACCGAUACAGACUUGUAUGAAUUUGCAAAAUGUAAAUCAUACCCAAUAAGUAUCACAUUUUCCCCUGAUGGGAAAAAAAUGGCUACUGUUGGUUCUGAUCGCAAAGUACGGAUUUUCAGGUUUUUGACUGGAAAACUCAUGAGAGUGUUUGAUGAAUCCCUUACAAUGUUUACAGAGCUACAACAGAUGAGACCACAGCUUCCUGAUAUGGAGUUUGGCCGACGCAUGGCAGUUGAAAGAGAACUGGAAAAAGUGGAUGGAAUGAGGCUAACAAAUAUUAUUUUUGAUGAAACUGGACAUUUUGUACUUUAUGGAACAAUGCUGGGAAUCAAAGUAAUAAAUGUAGAAACAAACAGGUGUAUACGCAUAUUGGGUAAACAAGAAAAUAUCCGAGUGGUGCAAAUGGCCUUGUUCCAAGGAGCAGCUAAACAGUCACAGGUUGUAAUGACUAUGGAAAUGAAAGCUUCUGACAACCCUGUGCUACAAAAUGUUCAACAUGACCCAACAGUGUUCUGUACUGCUUUUAAAAAGAAUCGAUUUUAUAUGUUUACAAAGCGGGAACCAGAGGAUACAAAGAGUGCUGAGUCUGAUCGAGAUGUCUUCAAUGAGAAACCCUCUAAGGAAGAGGUGAUGGCUGCCACACAAGCAGAUGGUCCCAAGCGUGUAUCAGACAGUGCAAUUAUUCACACAGCUAUGGGAGAUGUACACGUUAAGCUCUUCCCCGUUGAGUGUCCAAAAACUGUUGAAAAUUUCUGUGUGCACAGCAGAAAUGGAUAUUACAAUGGGCAUAUCUUUCACCGUAUUAUUAAGGGUUUCAUGAUUCAAACUGGAGAUCCAACUGGCACAGGAAUGGGUGGAGAAAGUAUUUGGGGGGGAGAAUUUGAAGACGAAUUUCACCCAACAUUGAGACAUGAUCGACCAUAUACACUCAGUAUGGCCAAUGCAGGUGCAAAUAGUAAUGGAUCCCAGUUCUUCGUAACUGUUGUACCUACACCGUGGCUUGACAACAAACAUACUGUUUUUGGCCGUGUGACAAAAGGAAUGGAAGUGGUUCAGAGGAUUGCCAAUGUGAAGUGUAACCCCAAAACAGACAAGCCUUAUGAAGACAUUAGUAUUAUCAAUAUUACUGUAAAAUAAUAUUAGCAACAGAUUUCAUUUUGUGAAAGUAAUUUUAUAAGUUUUUAAUUUUUUUUACACAAGGUAUGGUUGGUUGUUUCAAUGUUUACCCAUAUCAUG